AUUUGGUAUAAAUACUCCAUUACUUCUCACCAUAUCUUCUCGCUUUUUUUCUCAUCACAACUUUGUCCAAUCAAUAUCAUCCAUACAAAAAACAACUAGCCUCCCACUUGAACUUACACUUGAACCUACACAUACACUCAAAAUGGCUCCUCUCGGCACUCUCAUUGGCCCCAUGCCUAACCCCCGCAACUUCAAGGCCCGCAUUGUUGCUGUCAUUACCGGGCUUGAGCUUGGCACCACCCCCGAUUUCCAGAUGGGCGUUGACAACAAGACUCCCGAGUACUUGGCCAAGUACCCCGCCGGCAAGGUUCCUGUUUUCGAGGGCGCUGACGGCUUCAGUGUGAGCGACUCAAGCGCUAUUGCCUACUACAUUGCUGCAAAGGCUGGCAGUGAGUCUACCCUGCUCGGCCAGACCGCCGAGGAGACUGCUGAGAUUCUCCAGUUUAUCCUCUUUGCAGAGGCUGAUUUUGUGCCCGCCCUCAUAGGUACAUUGGCACCCCUAAUGGGACAUGCCAAGUUCUUCAAGCCCGCUCACCAGCAAGCUGAAGAGCAGUUUUUCCGCUUUAUUGAUGUCCUAAACACCCAGCUCAUCAACCGCACUUUUGUUGUUGGCGAGCGCCUGACCAUUGCCGAUGUCGUUGUUGCCUGCGACUUGCUCUAUUCAUUCCAGAUGUAUUUGACCAGCGAGGACCGCGAUAAGUACCCCGACCUCACCCGCUACUUUACGACCAUAACUGCCGAGCCCGCCUUCAAAGCUGUGCUUGGCGAUGUUGUUCUGUGCGACAAACGUAUUGAGCUCGCCGCUCAAUAAUCAGAAGGCUGCGAUGUGCUGCAACGGGCAGAAUACAUUUUAGAUAACACCAUUAGUUUUAAUUGUUUACCAUUUUUGGUUUUUUUUUAAUUUCUUAGGGAUGAAUCAUUGGGUGGACAUUUUUCAAAUUCCCAUUGAUCCCACGCUGGUAAUAUAAUUAAUUUCAUCAUCA